CUUGCCAUCAUAUAAGCAUGUAAAAUACAAUACCAUGUCUGAUACUAAAGACCUUACUUAUCAAAACAUGAAAACAACAUCUAUCUCUUCAAGUCCACAAAGACCAAACACCUCACACGACCAAAACCAAACUACUCAAGAAGUAAAUAGCCAGCCCUCAAACGAGACAUUGCUCAAAGAGUCAACGACCACAAUUACAGUGACAUCAUCACAACAACAAAUAUUACUUGAAAACUCCCAAAUUGGUACCAACUCGGAUCACCCCGAUCUGGGCAAAAAUGAUUUUCAACCUAUGGAUACAGUAGAUGACUUUACUGUUAACAGAUUGAACCCCCUAUCAGACGGCA